GUCCUGCUGGCCUUCCAGGUCCAGGCUGAUCCUAUCCAAAACACAGAUGAAGAGACUAAAACUGAGGAGCAGCCAGGGGAAGAGGACCAGGCUGUGUCUAUCUCCUUUGGAGGCCANGAAGGAUCUGCUCUUCAUGAAGACUUGUCAAAAAAACUGACAUGCUAUUGUAGAAUAAGAGGCUGCAAAGGAAGAGAACGCGUUCUUGGGACCUGCAGAAGUCUUUUUUUAACUUUCAUAUUCUGCUGCAGCUGA